GACUGUGAUCAUGCGGAGUACAUCGGACAGACCAAGCGUCAGUUUGGUACACAUUUAAACGAGCAAAGAGUACCUUUGUAAGAGCACGCUUGCAAUUCAAUUCAAUUCAAUUCAAUUCUUUAUUUGUUCACACUGUACUCAAUAUUUAUACGCACAUAUUAUAUUAUAAAAGAAAACACGAAGUAAAAAAAGAAAAUAUACAGCCAAUGAAGAAAUAGGUUCAGAGGUGUGCGGUGUCCAAAGUAGCAGAGCUUUCGAGUUGGACACCGCCAUAAGCAAAUAAUUACGGCAUAAAGUUCUGAUUACUUUAGCUCUAUUGAGUUAUUAAAGUAUGGAAGAAAACAUUAAAAUAGUAGUAGCAGCAGUACCAGUAGCAAUAAUAGUGAUAAUAAUUUAACACAAUAUUAAUAAUAAUAGUAGUAAUAAAGAUGAUGAUAAUAAUAACAGUAAUAGUAAAUAAUAAUAAUAAUAAGACAACUCAAGCUAAUUUAAGGAACUAAUAAGUAAUACCACUUGUUUCACCAGAGUAUCUGGAAAAUCAGCUUCAAAUUUGAUUACUCAAAAGAUAAUACUUUUAUUCUCUCUUGAAAAUAUUAUUCUUUAAAUUUGAAGGUACAGAUUCCCAGAUCUUUGAUCUGGAGAAUUUAAAAGAAGACUUCCCAACAUUAGUUGAUACUCUUGGCCUAAAGAAAUUGAGAUUGUUGGCAAAUCUUGUAUUAUAUUUGUGGAUAUUAGAUACCGGAGUCAGGACAUUCGAGAAGACAUCUGGAAUGCUAUCAGUAUUAUUCCAUAUAUUGUGGGUAAAACAUGAUAUUUUAAGCGCAUAUAUACUCUCUAACUUGAGAAUUUCAAGAAGUUUGUAAUAAGGUCCCACACUCUCCCUUGAAUGUGCAAAGAAUAUACUCCGAAGACAUUUAUUCUGCUUAGUGCGGAUAUAAUUCAACCUGGAAUUGCUGGCACAGCCCCAGACCAUGAUGCCAUAGGACAGAUAAGAAUAUACCGGAGCAUAAUACAAUUGUUUCGUCAUAUGAAAAUCUAAGUAAUAUCUCAAUUUAGCAAGGAUUCCAAUAUUUUAAAAAAUUUUACUAUUUAUAUGGUUUAUCUGCUGUUCCCAAUUAAGGUGCUUAUCAAUAUAGACUCCUAAGUAUUUAAUGUAAUUUUUUUUUGUUCAAUGUUGUUUAUAUUAAUACUUGGAUUAGAUCUGGGUGAUGAUUCUGGGUGAUUAUACUUUAACCGCCGACCGGUUAGCUCAGUAGGUAGAGCACGGGACUAUCGUGCGGGAGGUCGUGGGUUCGAACCUCGGCCGGACCAACACUCAGGGUCUUUAAAUAACUGAGAAGAAAGUGCUGCCUUUGCAACGACAUCUGCAAAUGGUUAAACUGUCUAGUCUUCUCAGAUAAGGACGAUAAACCGUAGGUCCCGUCUCACAGCCCUUGUUCGUAAAAUGACCUCGUGGGACGUUAAAGAACCCACUGACACUGUUCCCGAAGAGUAGGGAACUUAGUCCCGGUUUUGUGGUCUGGCCUUCGUGUAUGUGGUGGGUGAGAUCAUAUAUGGACUGAUAGCGGCUGCCAGAGGCGCCCUUACAGGCUGACGUCUGAUCUCACCCUAGAGAAAGAGUUGUAAACCGCCAUGAACCGUAUGGGAUAUGUGCGGUAUAUAAAUCCAUUACCACUCACAUUACCAUUACUAGCAUAUAGUUAGUCUUUGCAAAGUUUAUAGAUAGCUUAUUUAAAGCACAAUACUUAUAGAUUAGUUUCAGUUCGUGAUUCAUAACAGAUUCAAGGUACUGCAAAUUGUCGCUAGAGAAAAACAAAUUAGUAUCGUCAGCGAAGCUCUACACAGAGAGUUUAUCAGUGCAAUUAGGUAAAUCAUUUUCCUAGAGCAGUCCAAGAGAUUGUAAUUUUACAAGAAGUGUGGCAUGAUUCAAGCUGUCAAAUGCUUUUGAUAGAUCUAAAAGUACCAUAAGCAUCAGUAUUUUUUUUAAUCCAUUGCCUCUAACGCUUUAUCAGUCAUAAGCACUUUCAGGGUUUAACAAGAGUGCAUAGCUUUGUUCCCGCUCUGAUGUUCUGUGAGACGGUUGUUUUUAUUCAUGUAAGAUGUCAGUUGGUUUAACGCAAUUCGCUCACUUUCGAUGCCGCUGGAAGCAACGAAACAGGACGGUUGUUGUUUUCGAUCUCAUGGUCACCGUCCUUAGGUAGAGGCACUACCUCUGAUGUUUUUCAGUCAGCUGGAAAAACAGAUGACAACAAGGAGCGGUUUACUACCAGUGUGAGAAUUGGUAGGAUACAAGGCAAGGCAUCCUUAAUGACCGACAUUGGGAAUCGAUCGAAAUCAAUCGUGUUGGUUUUGUUACUACAGGUAGCAGAUUAUUCGAACAGCCGAACCAACCAUACAAUUGCGUGGGAUAAUUCUAAAAUUAUCACCACAAAACGGCGGUAUCAUCUAAAUAUAUCACCACAUCAACGCCUUUGUUUGCAAGGGCGGCACAUCAACUCCGCCCUCGCUCCUUUGAACCGGGAUGAUGGCGGCCUUUUACUUAACAUCUACUUGCACCUUAUUAAAAGAAAACGACGUUAA